AUGUGCAUAGGCCCCACUGCUGGUCGCCUUGUUGGGGCUCAAAAUGGGACGCGAACCACCAGUCUCCCGUCGCCUCAAGUCCACUGGGGGUUUUCGUCUGCCCCAGAUCUAAGAGAAACCCAGCCUGCUCCAGGUUCCAGCUGGCCCGCCCUGCAUCCGCUGCUGACCGGUGUUGAUGUUGUUGAUGUUGUUGUUGUUAUCUGCAAGGAUGACAUGAACAGCUAUGUGCGAAAAGAGGUGUCCAUCAUUGCGUCCAGCGCUCGCUGGGCGGUCAUGUGCCGUUAUAUUAGCGUGGACAACCACACAGGAUGGGGGCCAAAUCUGACCCGACCAAAGUGUACAUGUCCCGUCGAGUCGUUUCCAAAAGAUGACUUCCGUCAAUCACGUUUCGUAGCAUUUGUCCCCACUUGGGCCAUGCUGGCCAUACCAAUAAAUGUACGCAGCUAA